UUUGUCGGUGGGGUAAUUUUCCUACAGACAUGUUAACCUUGGACUUAAUAAGUGUCUGGUGAUCUCUGGUCAACCGACGCAGAAUAUUCAUGCACGAGUCAGAACAUUACCUUUUCAUUGGCCUCAGCCGUGAGACAGGUAAAAUAUUAAACAUCUGGUAAUGCAAAACUGCUCAUAAAUCUUAAACGAAAUUUAAUACGCGUUUAAUAAAUCAGGCCAAACCCAGUUUGGCUUAAUUAUACGGUUCAAAAUUGUUAGUCGCACAAGUGACUCCACUCCGUUCAGAUGGUUGACACGCAGCUCUCUCCCGUGUCAUCGCAGUGUGACCUGAUAUCCUCACUUCGAGCUGUACUAUGGAUUUAUCGGAUAUUGGGCCUUAGUCGCGGCACCAAUCAAUCUGUUUUAUAUCAAAUCUACCGUUGGGUACUGAGCGCCACAUUUCUCAUUGCAUAUUUGCUAGGCAUGAUUGCUAGUGCUAUACAAGAGGAAAACUCGGAAACUCUAUGGAAAGAAGAUAUCUUCAUCAUUCUCACUGAACUGGCAAUGUUCGUGAAAGUUGUUACCACGUAUUGUCGAUUCCAGGAAAUCGCUCAACUCCUGCAAAUAUCUGUGUCGAAAGAAUUCUCUCCGAAGAGUCCAUGUGAAGAAGAGCGAUAUCUGAAAAUCUUUCGCCAUUUGAACACCGCUUUGAUGGGCUACCUGAUUGGGAGUGUUGUUACGGCGAGUAGUACUGCCGUUCACAUCUUCAACAGCUUGUAUAAACUGCCCACGUUUUCCUGGUUUUUCGGAGUACCAUACGGACCUAAUCAUGAGUUGAACUACCUUCUCAUCGCCAGUUAUCAAGUGACCGGAAUGUUGAUCCAUUGUGCAUUGAACGUGUCCGUUGAUAUUCAGGUAACCUACCUGAUGGCUAUCGCAGGGAUUCAGUUGGAUUUCCUUGAACAGCGAUUCAUUAAUUUGAAGUAUGAUCACAGUGUGUAUCUACGACGGCAGCGUUUUGUCUACCACAAUCGUCAAAUGCAACUGGUGGAGCAGUUUGUGCAAGACAUCGAGCGUGUCUACUCUCCUGCAAUAUUUACUCAGUUUUGUGUCAGCGCGAUAACGAUUUGUGCAACUGCCUUCCGUAUAUCCAGUAUCGACAUUAUGGAGAAUGUGGGCGUUGCCAUCGGAAUGGUAAUGUAUCUGCUCUCGAUGACGGUGGAAAUCUAUCUUCCCUGCUACUAUGGUAACGAAAUCACUCGGAAAAGUCAACAAUUGACCAACGCGUUGUAUUCGUGCGAAUGGUAUCGGUUUGAUCCGGAGAUUCGUCGAUUGGUGAAAAUGCUAAUGCUUCGUACCGACAGGCCAAUGGCAAUGAAGGCUGGAGGGUUUUUCCGGUACAGCUUGGAUACCUUCGGCACGGUGAGUAUGAACGGCUCUAGUAGCUCAAACGUCCAAUAUACAAACUGCCUUCUGUGUUUGAUCCCAGUCCGUCCCGUUAUUUUUUUGCCCUUUUUACUAGUUCCACAUUUUAUUUCAAUUUCACGGUGAGAUCAAUUCCGUAGAAAAACAUUAAUUAAAAAUAAUUAGAUUUUUUCGAUGGGCUGGGUUCAAUUCCCAGCCCAGGCAACGGAUCCGCCAGCUGUUGCCGAAAUGCCGCGAAUACAACGUGCCCACACAUCACUUAUUCAUAGAUGUUAAAUUGGCGGUUGAACAGCAAGCACGAAAGACCAUCACCUUGCCGUAACCCUUAACGAGAUUCGAAGGGACUCCAGAGUGUCCCUGAUACUCGAACUACGCACAUCACUCGAUCGAUCGUCGCCUUGAUUAAUCGUAUCUGUUUAUCCGGGAAUCCGUAUUCGUGCAUAAUCUGCCAUAGCUGUUCUCGAUCGAUUGUAUCAUACGCUGAUUUGAAAUCGAUGAACAAGUGAUGUGUGGGCACGUUGUAUUCGCGGCAUUUCUGAAACACCUGGCGGAUGGCGAACAUCUGGUCCGUUGUAGCGCGUUCACCCAUGAAUCCAGCCUGACAUUGCCCCACGAACUCUCUUGCAAUCGGUGAUAGACGGCGGCAUAAAAUUUGAGAGAGUAUCUUGUAGGCAGCGCUCAUUAGUGUGAUGGCGCGGUAGUUCCCACAAUCCAACUUGUCACCCUUUUUGUAGAUGGGACACACGAUACCCUCCA